AUGGCUCAGGGAAAACGCAUAGUUGCAUGCUGUGAUGGAACAUGGGUGAAUAGUGAAAAGGGCUAUGAUGCUCCGACUUUACAACAGCCUCACACUACUCUUUCCAUCCCGACGAAUGUGACUCGUGUUUAUCGUUCUUUAAAGAGGAGGGCAUUUGAUGGGAAGAUCCAGGUCGUGUAUUAUCAUUCUGGAGUCGGAACUUCCGGAAGUAUUGUUGAUGCACUUGCUGGUGGGAUAUUCGGAGCUGGGGUUUCUGAAGAUAUUCGUGAAGUGUAUAGCUUCAUCGCCACAAAUUAUGAAUAUGGCGAUGAAAUCAUUCUCGUGGGAUUUUCGCGGGGUGCUUUCACUGCGCGUAGCGUGGCUGGUCUCAUCUCCGAAAUUGGACUUCUUAAUUCUAGAGGUAUGGAGGAUCUUUAUCCGAUCUUCAAGGAUAUGCAACGUAUGGAAGGUAGUCACCACAGGGAUAAGUUCCCUACUAAGCCCUUUCCUAACAAGCCGAGGCAUCGGAAGGAAUACAGGAACCGUCUUGAAUAUGAGGGCCUUACGCGAGUUUAUGAUCAAGAUGGAAUUCGUAUCCGAGUUCGAUGCGUUGCGGUCUGGGAAACAGUCGGAAGUCUAGGUCCUCUAAACAAUAAGUACAUCUUAUCGCCAUCCAACAGAGAAAUACUGACCAGCUCUACGUGCAAAUUCUACAACACAUCACUAUCAAACGGCAUCGAGCACGCAUUCCAAGCACUAGCCCUAGAUGAAGAGCGCACAUCAUUCGCCCCAGCAAUCUGGGAACGACCCCGCCACGUCAAGACAGACCUACGUCAAGUCUGGUUCUGUGGCGUGCACUCCAACGUUGGCGGCGGCCUUCCAGACCAAGAGCUGGCAAAUGUGUCUCUAGUCUGGAUGGUGGAUCAACUAGCCUCAAUAGGAAUAUCCUUCGAAGAAGGAUUAAUAGACCGCAUCUUCGAUGACAAUGUCUGCUACUACUACGACAAAGCAGACCGCAACGCAGAGCACGCUAAGCAUGUUACGCGAUGGGCGUCGAAGGACAUCUACCAUAAACACAAGCCCGUUCGACCAUGGGGGUUAGGCGAGCUCGUACAGUCUGUAACGGGAAUUUACCGUUUAGCUGGGAAGACGACACGCACACCAGGCAUGUAUCGCCGCAUAGAACGGGAUACGACCGCACCGACAGAUACGUUCUUGGCUAGGACCAAUGAGCGCAUUCAUCGCAGUGUUAGGAUUAGAUUGGCGCUUGGGGGGCUGGGGUUUGAUGAUAAGGAACUUUAUUCUUGUCGUGCGCUCCUUGGGCAUGGGUGGGUGGUUAGGAGGAUCUUUCAUGAUGAUCCUUAUGUUGAGUGUGAUGAGUAUCACUGGGCUUGGGUUUAUGAGGGGCCUGAGAAGUAUAGGCCGGCGAAGUCCAUGAUGCUCGAGGCAGAGAUCGGUCCUUAUGAGCAUCGAUUUAUUAAGCUUAAUAAGGGUGAGUUCACCAUUCUAGAGCUUAUAUAUAUAUAUUUUUUUCAUUGCUAA